CCUCCUCUUCUCUCUCUCUCUGGAUAUUGUAAUUAGUCUUCAUGCUUCCUCCAGAUUUAAACUCCGCCGCUGCAGCGAAGCGGGACUGUGGGCGCCCUGCUCCAGCCCUCCGGGGUCCAUGCGCCGCCGCCCCGCAUCCCUAACUUGCCCUGCUGCCUGGCCCUCCGCCCUCCCCAGCCCUGGUCCAGCUGGUACCCGCCCGCAGCCGAGGCAUGGGCUCUUUCCACUCGAUGCCGGAGGGGACCCAGGAGCUCGCCCACAAGACCGGCUUCACUACGGAUCAAAUUGAGAACCUGCAUCGGCGAUUUAAGCAGCUGAGCGGAGACCAGCCAACCAUCCGCAAGGAGAACUUCGACCGUGUGCCCGACUUGGAAUUCAAUCCAAUUCGAUCCAAAAUCGUCCAUGCCUUUUUUGACAAGAGGAAUCUGCGGGGAGCCUCAGAGGGGUUUGUUGAUGAAAUCAACUUUGAGGAUUUUCUGACCGUCAUGUCCAAUUUCCGGCCCAUUGAGUUGAAUAUGGACAAAGAGCAACUGGAGCAUUUCAGGAAGCAGAAGCUGAAAUUCCUCUUUCACAUGUACGAUGCAGACAGUGACGGAAAGAUCACCUUGCAGGAAUACAGGAAUGUGGUGCAACAGAUGCUCUCAGGAAACCCCCACCUGGAUAAGGAGUCAGUGAGAUCCAUAGCAGAUGGAGCCAUGAUGGAGGCUGCAAGCAUCUGUGUGGGACAAAUGGAGCCAGAUCAAGUCUACGAAGGGAUCACAUUUGAUGACUUCCUGAAGAUCUGGGAAGGAAUCGACAUAGAGACGAAGAUGCAUGUCCGCUUCCUCACGCUGGAACCCAUGGCGUUUUGCUACUGACCGUGCCCGAGCCCGGGAGGGGGAGGCUUUGGAGGAAAUGGCAGAGAGUUUGGGGGGGGGGGAUAUCUCU